GCAUCUCACAUUAAGUUACGUGGAAGUGUGGGAGCAGGGUAAAAGGCAAAUAGUGUUUCCCCAGUACAGUUAGACAACAAGUAUAGCAAAAAACUUUAAAGAAACAUGCAGUUUUGCCUAUUAAUGCUGCUAGCCAGUUCUACUGCUGCGAUUUCUCUGAAAAACCUUGGUCAAGAAGAUAUUCUCACACUACCUUCCGGAAACCUUACAACAGAACCAAGUCCUACAGAGGCAAUGUCUCGCUUUGCCAUGCUUGAUGAUGUUCGCCUACUUGCAAAUGGCCUCCUGCAGCUGGGCCAGAGCUUACGGGAGUUUGUUCACAAGACCAAGAACCAAAUCAAUGACAUUUUCCAAAAACUGAAUAUUUUUGACCGGUCCUUUUACCAGCUUUCAGUGGUCACAUCAGAGAUCAAAGAGGAAGAGGAAGAGCUGAAGAAGACAACCAGUGCCCUAAAAGCCAACAAUGAUGAGAUCAAGAACCUGUCUAUGGAAAUUAACUCGAAAAUCAACAACAUUGUGCAGGAGCGUGCACAGCUGCAGAGUAAGGUGGGAAGUCUUGAGGAGACACUAAAGGGGCUAUCCCAGAGUAUGAUCCCUGCUGACCAGAUCAAAGAAAUGACAGCGCUCAAAGACGUGAUUGAAACUCAAGAGAAAACUAUUUCGAGUCUCCUCAAAGCUGUGCAGGACCAGCAUGAGCAACUAGACCAGCAGAAAAUAAAAAUAAAAAUUAUGGAGGACAAGUUCAACUAUGACAAUUUCCAAGACACGGCUGAUAAGCCAGUAGAUUCAGAGACAACAACUCCGGAUAUGUUUGAGGACUUGACAAACUCAACUGACAUGGAUAUAAACGAUCUCCCCAUUGACUGCAGUGAGUUGUUUGAAAAAAACAAGAGCAGGAGUGGGGUCUAUGUCAUCAAGCCAAAACAAUCUAAGCCUUUCAACGUUUACUGUGAAAUGAGUGCUGAUGGAGGUUCAACUGUGAUCCAACGCAGGGUUGAUGGUUCAGUAGAUUUUGACCAGAAUUGGGAAAAGUAUGAGAAGGGUUUUGGAGAUCUGGAAAAGGACUUCUGGUUGGGUCUAAAGAAGAUUCACAGCCUUACAAACCAAGGAGGACACAUUUUGAGAACUGAUCUGGAGGACUGGAGGGAAGAUAAGCACUGGUCUGAGUACCAUUUCUCACUCGAUGGUCCUGCUCAGCACUACACACUCCGUGUUAGCCACUUCUCUGGUGACCUAGUUGAUGCCAUGGCCAACAGUUCUAAUGUGAACUUCUUCACGAAAGAUAAAAAUAACGACAACCAACACAACCCUAACUGUGCACGCAGUUAUACAGGUGGUUGGUGGUUCUCUGGGUGUGGAGAAAACAACCUCAAUGGAAGGUACGUCUGGGUUAGAGCAAAGGGUCUUUCUUCAAGAAGGAGGGGCCUUCCUUGGAAACCUGGCAACGGGGUAGCAUAUUCCCUCAAGAAGACCAAGCUCUCCAUUAAGCGACUCACAACUGUGGAAGGUUUUAACUGAACUUAACAUUCCCUGCGGACCAUUACAACACUGGCAGUAUCUUAAAUAAUUUUUAAAAAAACACCAAUAUGCAGCACUCAACCAAAAUGGGAACGCGCUAAAAGAUAGUUUGUAUGCUUAUAUACUGUAUGCCACCACAACCUUGAUGUUGUAUCAAGCUAGUUAUUUUCUUUUAAACUUUUUGGUAGAGGCUGUUGUACUGCACCUAAAUAGGACGCCCCAAAUAUAGUACUGCUAUGGAGAAAUUAUAGAUUAAUGCCAGACAGGUCAACAACCUAAUCGGUCUGAUCCAGUACGGGCAGAGGAGCUGUCCUCACGCAACAUUAGGAGUCACUUGCAACAUGGAGAAAUUGAUUGACCGUGCUGUCUACAAUGUCAUGAUAAAGCAACAGAUGGCAAAACAACAAAGGAGAGACAGAAAAGGAAAUCAAAGUUUCCUUACUUGUAAGUGAACAUGAAGGUGUCUAAGUCUACUUUGGCAUGUUGUAGUAGCUUAGGACAAAACAAAAAAGGUACUAACAAGUCAAAGAAACUAUUAAAAACAAAACACUAUUCACAUUUUCGAAAAGUGCAGUUUACAGAGAGGUGAUUGUUUCCCACAUACACACAUUAAUUUCUUUAACUAGGCACCCAGCUUAAAUAUUACAUUGUAUUUUGUUUUGGUAGUGAGAUGUAUUGUAAAGUGUUUUCUUUUAUGAUUUGUUGUCAUUUUUUACUCAUUAAAAUAUUUAAUUCAUGCACCUGUAAUUUUGCAAUGUAUUAUCAUAAAACAGACAUAAUUAACGUGUAUCUCUAAUAUUGGGUCAUAUUGACCCUUGUCCAUUGUAAACAAAAGUUGUGUAAAUGUUUGUCAUACGUCAUGUCUCAUACACGCUGACAAUGUAGGUCUUUGAAAACUGAUGGCCUAAUAAAGAAAAACAAGCAAAUGACUGAUAUUUUUUUGG